UUUGUUAUUGAAACGGUACCGAGGAUGUUGUGCAUGUUCUGUUCCACGUGUUGUCUACUCAAGUUGGUAGCGGUGAUUGGGGCGCUUUUGGCCAUCGCCAAGUUGUACAUUAAAUUGACGACAGGAUGGUGCAGGAGUCAGACUUGUUUGGUUGGAAAAACUGCUAUUGUAACCGGCGCCAACACAGGCAUCGGCUACGAAACAGCUCUGGACUUUGCGAAACGUGGCGCCACUGUUAUUCUGGCGUGCAGAAACAAAACACGUGCCGAAGCUGCAGCUGAAAGAAUCAUCUUGGAAACUGGAAACGAAAAUGUCAUAGUCAAAAUCAUAGACAUGGAAAAUUUGGACUCGGUCCGUGCAUUCGCCAAAGAUAUUAACACAACCGUCAACAAGUUGGACAUCCUGGUGAACAACGCUGGAGCUGGAAUAAUGAAAGACGAAAGAAUUGGUCUAAAGAAGUUGCAGAAGACCAUUUUGAUUAAUCAUUACGGACCGUUUUUGUUGACGAAUCUUUUGCUUAAUCUUUUGAAAAAAUCUGGACCAUCCAGGAUUGUGAAUGUAUCGUCGAUAGCCGCCAAGCAGGCCAAAUUAGACUGGGACGAUUUGAACGCUCAUCCUGGUGUGCACGCAGUGUAUGGCAACAGCAAAUUGAUGAACAUCUUGUUCACAAUUGAACUGGCCAAAAAGUUGAACGGUACUGAAGUAACGACUUAUUCCCUACAUCCUGGCGUAAUCGAAACUGAAUUUUUGAGAAACUUAAAUAAGUGGUUCAAAGUGCCCUUACAAUUUAUGGUCUCCAAGUUCUUCAAGAACGCUACAGAAGGUGCACAAACUACUAUUUAUUGCUCUGUGCAAAGAGGUCUUGAAAAAUUAACCGGGGAACACUUCGAGGACUGUCAUUUGGUCCAACGAUAUGCCAUUGCUCAAGAUCCCUCUGCUCCGCAACGUUUAUGGGAGAAGUCGGAAGAAAUGGUCGGGCUGACCGCCGAAGAGAAACAGUAUUAAACGGCCAUCAAGUCAAUAAUUUAUUACUUUAAAAUAUCUUCGUUAAUUUUAAUGGUUUAAUAAUAAUUACAGAAAUUAAAAGAACA